UUCCGUCCUCAUCACACCAUCUCCCCUUCUCGCCCACUCCCUCCCCACUCCUCCCCUAGCCCAUCUCUCCCAGUACUCCAACUCCUCGCCGGCGGCAGCGGCGGCGGCGGUUCCACGACCAGAACCAGCGGCACCAUGUCGGCCAAGGAGAAAGACGGCGGCAAGGGCCACAAGCUGUCCCGCCUGAUCUUCGCCAUGAUCCUGGGCUUCAUCAUACUGAUCCUCUUCAUCAUCCUCGUCAUCUGGCUCGUCCUCCGCCCCACCAAGCCCAAAAUCUACCUCCAAGACGCUUCCGUGUCCGCCUUCAACGUCUCCUCCCCGGAGAACCUCCUCUCCUCCACGCUGCAGGUGACCAUCUCCACUCGCAACCCCAACGACCGCAUCGGCAUCUACUACGACCGCGUCGACGUCUUCGCCUCCUACAAGUACCAGCAGAUCACCCUGGCCGCGUCCGUGCCGCCCUUCUACCAGGGCCACAACGACAUCGACGUCUGGUCCCCGUACCUCUACGGCGUCGACAUCCCGGUGGCGCCCUACCUCGCCGAGGCUCUCGUCCAGGACCAGUCCUCGGGGUUCCUCCUCCUGCACAUCAAGAUCGACGGCCGGGUUCGGUGGAAGGUGGGCACGUGGAUCUCCAACCACUACCACCUCUACGCCACCUGCCCGGCCUUCCUUUCUUUCGAGACCGGGAAGGGCGUCGACGGCGACCCCCCCGCCGUCAAGUUCCAGCAGAUCUCCACCUGCAGCGUCGACGUCUGAUACUGUCCAUCUUCGCAUGAUUUCUGAUUCUCUCUCUGUUUUCUUUUUUUUUUUUUUGGUCUUUUUCAAAAGUGUUUCUUGACGGCGUUUGAAGACGGCCGGCAAGGGGUUUAAUUAUCUAUUUAAGGGUUCGUUGGGGGUAAUAACGACCAGAUGUUGAAAGAUAUGUAUUCAGGUCCCUGUAGAUUAUGUUGGGGAAUAAUAAUAAACGGGUUAAAGGGUAAGAUUUCGGCCACGUGUAAUAGCAAGUUAAAUGUGAAUCAAGUAAUUAUGAAUUUAUGUUGGAUUUUUGUGA